AUGGAAGUGAGACAUGGAGCGUUGUCUACUGCUAAUGAGAAUAAGGUCAUCAUAGCUUCUGCCAUUUCAUCACUCUCGUCUUGUCAAAUCAAUGCCAUGCAUGGCAUGCAUUACCAUCAAGGCAUCAAUCAUGUUAUUUAUCAAGUUGACCGACCACCACUCUCUAUUCCCGGAGCGUGCUUUUACGCUCCACAAACACUUUGA